GAAAUCCCGCUGAGUAACAGAAGUGUUUUGCUGGAUUCUCACAGAGAGGAGAUAAAAUCUGCCCACCAGUAAUAUGGCGGUGCCUCACUGUGACAAGUCUGAAGAGAAACGCGCGAUAUACUGGUCUAGUCUGGUGGGCUGAGCCCUAACUGAGCAACAUCCCCGGAUAGGUUCAUUUUUACAGGGGCGUGGCUAAACAACAAGUACCUCCCAUCCAUCCCCCACACUCACACAGUCCGGAAAGUGCUGAAAUCUGAGGAGGCAAAUAUAGUACAGACUGAGAAUUGUCCCCUGCUGCUCCCUGUACCUCCUCUCAUCCUGUGUCCCUGACAUUCCCAUCCCCUGUACUCACAUCUCCAGCCUCAUCUACUGGGUUCUCCAGAGAUGGAAACAAGGAGGUUAGAGGGGAAAUGGGAGAAUGAAGAGCCGGACACUGAGGAUCCUCUGGACACAAUAAAGAGGGAAAUGGAUCCCGUUCCUGGGGCCGGUUUCCAAGUGGCACAACCACAGAUUUUCCAGGUGAAAAUCAAGGAAGAAGAUCUUGGCGCUGAGGGUCCUCUGCUCACAAUAAAGCAAGAAACUGACCCUGUUACUGGCGCUGGACGUGUUCCAGCAGCCAUUUUAAGUGAUUUCCCGCUCUUAGUUCAUCUGGAGGAGAACGUGUUUAGGAGAGCCGCCCAAAAAUCUACCCAAAAUGGCUACAGGGUGAAGCCAGAAGAAUGGGGGGAUGUAAGGGAGUCUGAGGACCUGGAUGGUGGGGACAUGGAGGAGGAGGUAUCUCCAUCUAUGUUAGUUUGUCAGGCUGAGCAUAGGGGGAAUUGGGGUGAUGGCCGGGGGGAAAUCAGCAUAAGAGAACAGUACUGGGGGAGCAGAAGUGAGGGGAGGAGAGUUAGGAGGGAAAGAGCCAGUGGGUCUAGGGAUAUAGGGGAUGGGGAGUGGGUCUCUGGGGAUACGGGGGUUUGUGUAGGACAGAGGCAGACUAUGGAGGAGGGUAGAAUGGGUCAAGGGCAGAUGAAUAAGGCCGGAAUCCACAGGUCAACGAGGGAGGGGGAGGAGCAGAGGAGAGAGGGGGAGGAGCAGAGGAGAGAGGGGGAGGAGCAGAGGCGAGAGGAGGAGGAUCCACUGGAGGGGCCAAGUGCAGAGGCUGGGAAACUUGGCCCCAGAUUCUCCUAUGAGGAGAAUUCAGCAUUGGUUGACUGUGUGCUGGAGCGAUGGGAUGAGUUAUUUGGGGCUCAUUCACAUGGGCUCACUCGUGUCAGGAGGAAGCAGCUCUGGCAGGAAGUAGCAGAUCAUGUGAGCAGCGUCGGAGCUUACCAUCGGGAGGCUGCCCCAACGUACAAGCGCUUCAGUGAUGUCAAACGACGAAUUCGGGAGAAGUUAUUGGUCCGGAGGAAGAAGGCGCAGAAAGCUGGCAGAGGACCCCUUCCUCCAAUCAAACUGAAGGGCUACGAGCGUCAGCUCCUGGAACGCAUUGGCCAAGAGCUCUGCGAGGGGAUAGAGGCUGAAUUUCUGGGGACAGAUUUGAGACGGUCACUUUGCUACCACUCGCCUGCAUUCAGGGACAUGGAUGAACCGUCAGUGGGAGGAGCAGUGGAGUCCUGUGAGCAGGCUGAACCCCAGGAAGCUGAUGAGAUGCAGACACCCCUAGAGCCAGACGACGAGCUGAGUGGGACGUUUAUGGAGGAGUCUGUGCCUGUACUCAAUGUACAGCAGCCGUGGGGUGAUGAUGCGGAAUGGGCUGAACAUUGCCCGGGGCGAGGACUUGCUGAUCCAGCUCCAACACGGGUCCCGCCAGAGAUUCCAGGAGUUCUGGACAGUUUGCAGGACUUUUUUCAGACCAUCGUGACCCAACAGCGCCGGCAGGAGAUCCACUUCAGACGAUGGAUGAGCCGAGUGGACGGCCAUUUAACCAACAUCUGUACGGCUAUCGACAACCUGGGGGACGGCCUCCAGACUAUUGCGGCUGAGCUCCGAGAGGCUCGUCUGGAACAUCAAGCGACAUCUAAAACCUUCAACAAUAACCUUCUGGCAAUCCUGGGGCAGGUGAUCCCACGUCAGCCACCUCAAAUGGAUCGUUCUACAGGGUCCCUAGAGGGGGCAAUCCCCCGACCCUCUUCUGCGCCUCUCCCCCCCUCCAGUGCUACCCGAGCGCGCAGGGGAAGGGGGUCACACACAGUCCGUGGCUAUAAGAGAAAGCGGCUGUAGAUCUCGGACUUCUUGAUAUGGAAACCCAGUUUCACAUGAUACACUGUCCUGAUGCUGAACUUACAUAGUCUAGAAAAAUAUACACCAAAUUUAAAGGACACCCAGGACUCAAAUGUGCAGAGAACUAAAGCCUAAAAAUAAAUGUGGCUAAAAAUGGCCUAUUUUCUAUAGUGAACUUAUUGCACGAGGCUAAAGUUUGAGCUUGUCAAUAGCAGCAAUGAUCCAGGACUUCAAACUUGUCACAG